AUGGAACCUAUGAUUUUUCAAGGAAGGUUGAAGGUAUUGUGUGCCUCCCAACUGAACAUUGAUCCGUGUGGUUUUGACACUAUCCAGGGUAAAAUUGUGCCCGCGCGUGGUCCACCUAUAUUCGGAUGGGAGCCUAUUUUCGAGCACAAUGGAGAGACUCUUGCUGAGAUGAAGCAUGAUAAAAAGAACAAAUUAUCGCAUCGAUAUCAAGCGCUGUUGAAAUUUCAGCAGUGGCUGGCCCAGGACAAUAGCCGACAAUAA